UAAAAUUCUCUGAAUCUGCAAGAAUUUUCACCAUAAUAAACAACUGCAGAGAGACAAUUUGGCCGGGCGUCUUCCCCGGCGACAACUUCAACGGCGGCGGAUUUAUUCUAAAAUCAGGCCAAUCCAUGGUUUUCACAGCACCAGUUACUUUUUCCGGCAGAAUUUGGGGAAGAACAGGUUGCAAUUUUGACAAAAACGGCAACGGUUCAUGCUUAACUGGUGAUUGCGGUCCAUCUCUCAAGUGUACCGGCACAGGAAAAACUCCUGCUUCACUUGCCGAAUUUACCCUUGGUGAUCGCGAUUUUUACGAUGUUAGCCUUGUCGAUGGAUUCAACGUCCCUAUAAGUGUUACCCCUUUAAAUGGUAAAGGAAAUUGCAGUGUUGCUGGUUGUAAUGGAGAUUUAAGACAAAAUUGCCCUUCUGAACUUGCAGUUAAGAAUAAUGGGAAAGUAAUUGCAUGCAGAAGUGCUUGUGAUGUGUUUAAUACUGAUGAAUAUUGUUGUAGGGGUAAUUAUGGAAAUCCAUCAACUUGUCAACCUACUUUUUAUUCAAAGAAAUUCAAAGAAGAUUGUCCAACUGCUUAUAGUUAUGCCUAUGAUGAUCCAACUAGCAUUUUUAUAUGCUCUGGGACUGAUUAUGUUGUUGCCUUUUGCUCAUCAAGGAAGAAACCAGUAUGCACAUACCAUGAUCACAAGCUCAUUUGCAGUGGAUCAAAGGGUUUAGGAUCAUUGAUAAGCAAUUUGUGGAUGAUAUUUCUUGGAUUAACCCUCAUAGCCAAUUGCAAGAUGAUCAUCUUUUAAUAUGCAUAAAGGGAAUUCUUUUGACUUUUUUUUUCUGGGGAAGUUAUUCGGAUUUGUA